AUGCAUAUUCUCUCAACCCUUCUGCCCACCCUGGGCCUGUUAGCCCAUGUUUCUUCCGCAGCAUACACCCUGCGCGAUGACUAUGGUACCUCGGACUCGUUCUUCGACAAGUUCAAAUUCUACACCGACACCGAUCCUACCAAUGGCUUCGUGAGCUACGUCGAUCGUAACACCGCCUCAGCCAACGGUCUCAUCAACACAGGCAACGGCGUCUACAUUGGCGUCGACCAUUCCAACGCCGCCGCCGCGCCUGGUCGAAAGAGCGUUCGACUGGAGAGUACCGCCACCUACAGACAUGGUCUUGUCAUACUCGAUCUGGCCCAUAUGCCCGGCAGUGUAUGCGGCAGCUGGCCCGCCUUCUGGAUGCUCGGCACCAACUGGCCCAACAACGGCGAAAUUGACAUAAUCGAAGGCGUAAACGAACAAUCCCAAAACCAAAUGGCCCUACACACCUCCAACGGCUGCACAAUCACCAACACCGGUUUCACAGGAACCCUCGAUACAGCAAACUGCUACGUCAACGCCCCAAACCAAUCCCCAAACAGCGGCUGCUCAAUCCGAAGCGAAAAUACCCAGUCCUACGGCACGGGUUUCAACAAUGUCGGCGGCGGCGUCUACGCAACUGAAUGGACUGGAUCCGCUAUCUCGAUCUGGUUCUUCCCUUCCUACGCCGUGCCAGGCGAUAUCGCAUCUGGAAACCCUAACCCGGCGGGAUGGGGCGCGCCCACGGCUCGCUUUGCUGGUGGCUGUGAUAUUGAUUCGCAUUUCAAUGAUCUGCAGAUUGUUUUUGAUAUUACUUUCUGUGGGGACUGGGCAGGCUCGGUUUGGGGUACGUCGAGUUGUGCUGGGAAGGGAUCGUGUGUCGAUUUCGUGCAGAAUAACCCGGCGGCCUUCCAGGAGAGUUAUUGGCGGGUGCGUUCGUUGAAGGUUUAUCAGGAUUGGAGUAGUAGGGCUUCUGAGAGUGGUGCUGGUGAGGAGGGUGGUGCUGUUGAGGCGGGUGGUGCUGGUGAGGAGGGUGGUGCUGGCGAGGAGGGUGGUGCUGGUGAGGAGGGUGGUGCUGGUGAGGAGGGUGGUGCUGGUGAGGAGGGUGGUGCUGGUGAGGAGGGUGGUGCUGGUGAGGAGGGUGGUGCUGGUGAGGAGGGUGGUGCUGGUGAGGAGGGUGGUGCUGGUCAGGAGGGCGGUGCUGAGGUGGGCGCUGAGGGUGAGGUUGGUGUUGAGGGCGAGGUGGGCGCUGGUGCCGGUUGGGAUCCCACGGCGUGGCUCCAGCCCCAUGGGCCUAGGAAGUCUAUGAAGCAUCGUCGCGGACAUUACCGUGCUGGACAUGGUCAUGCUUAG